ACAUAGUCUGGAGAACGACAAACAUUAAAGAGGGAAAUCAGGAAGCUCGAGGUGGAAGAAAUGAGUCUAAAAAAAACACGUGUGUGGCAUCGGGUUAGAGAGUCUCUUCCAUUAUAUGACAGACACUGUGCUGAUUGAAAGAAUGACUGGUCAGCUGUAAUGGCAGGGGGAGGGGCAGCGGGCGUCGACCUCAGCAGGAAGUUUGUGUCGGAAACAGAGCUUGACGAGAAGAGGAAGAAGAGACAGGAGGAAUGGGAGAAAGUCCGAAAGCCUGAAGACCCGGAGGAGGCCCCGGAGGAGGAGUACGACGCGCGCUCCCUUUUCGAGCGACUGCAGGAGCAGAAAGACAAGAAGCAGGAGGAGUUUGAGGAGCAAUUCAAAUUCAAGAACAUGGUGAGGGGAUUGGACGACGACGAGACCAGCUUCCUGGACGAGGUCUCCCGGCAACAGAGCCUGGUGGAGAAGCAGCGCAGGGAUGAGGAGAAGAAGGAACUGUUGGAAUACAGAAGCGCUGUAGCGAAGCAUGCGUCUGCUGACAGCCGCCCUGAGCCGGAAAAGAAGACAGCGCCUAAACACUCAGGGACGGAGCAAAGGACCAGCCACCUGUCUCAGGCUCAUUUAUUGGCUGGAGCUGUCAAGAGACGCAGCUCGUCCCAGUCUUCAGACAGCAGUAAGAAACAGAAGGUGGAAAUCACAAAGGCGACGACAGGAAAUGAAGACAGACACACAGAGCAGGAGGGAGGAGCAGGAGGAAGAGCAAGGGGGGCUGAAAACCAACAAACAGUCCUCACGGCGAAGACCCCCGCGGCUCCCCUGAACUCCAGUCAAGGCGUGUUGCACUUGCCGUCGGCGGCCGUGUGCGUCGGAGUUUUACCGGGACUCUGGGCUUAUUCCGGCAGCAGCGACUCUGACAGCAGCUCGGACAGCGAAGUUUAAGCCGAGCAACCAAUCCCGCACUGCCUACCCCGACGACAUCCCGCCCCCCUCCCUACAUCCCCCCUCCCAACCCAAGCCACAGCGACUGCAAGCUGUGCUUUUGGCUGAGGGAACAGUGAUUGACAGCUGUGGAGCGAGGAAGAGACUGCUUUAGACUGUGUCACAUGAUUCACACCUUUUUUUUAGUUAUGAGCAGCAGAGGAGAUCAGAGAGAGAGAGCCGAGGCGGGACAAACGCUUCUCACUCUCCUCGGGUUAAAUGCAAAAUCUGACUUAUUACAAACAAUAAUAUUGUGUGUGAUGUAAUGUGUAGUUUGUUUCUAAGUCACAUCAUUCAAAGAUGCUGGACUGUUUUGCUGCUGUUUCAGGCGUUGGAGCUUUGUUUUGUUGGUCAAAGUCUGAGCAAAGAAAUAAAGAGCUUUCCCUUU